AUGGCAAGCAUGGCAGUUCAGUUGCUGGGCUUCUUCCUCUCCCUUUUUGGUCUAAUUGGCACCAUUGUUGCCACUUUGCUCCCACACUGGUGGAGAACUGCCCACGUUGGCACCAACAUCAUCACCGCAGUGGCAUAUAUGAAGGGCCUGUGGAUGGAAUGUGUAUGGCACAGCACCGGAAUUUACCAGUGCCAGUUCCAUCAGUCUCAGCUGGCACUCCCCCGUGAUCUUCAGAUUGCACGUGGCAUGAUGGUGACGUCUUGUGUCCUUUCAGUACAGGCGUGCAUUGCCUCUGUGUUUGGAAUGAAGUGCACCCAGUGUGCGAAAAGCUCUUCUGCCAAGAAGAUGAUCGCCGUUUUUGGUGGCAUCUCCUUUCUCCUGGCUGGGCUGGCAUGCCUGAUUCCGGUGGCAUGGUCUACCAGUGAUGUUGUCCAAGACUUUUACAACCCAGUACUUCCUUACGGCAUGAAGUUUGAGAUUGGGCAAGCCCUCUAUGUUGGGUUUAUCUCAGGAGGGUUGUCGGUCAUUGGAGGAAUUAUGCUUCUAUUCACCUCUUGUCAAAAGAGCAUUGAACAAGUACCCUAUGGUUACCCAACGCGCAACAUCAGGAGGGCGCCAAUAAACAGGCCAUCACCAGUCCACAAAUCCAGCCACAGGCCUUCUUGGUCUUCUGCUUCUCUCCACGGAUACCAAAUCAAUGACUUUGUCUGA